AUGACAGCCACGCUUUUCACGCCCAUCCAAGUAGGGCGCAUGAACCUUAGCCACCGCAUCGUCCUCGCCCCCCUCACCCGUUUUCGCGCCUACCCAACCCACGUCCCCGGACCUCAUGCAGCCACCUACUACGCACAGCGUGGUUCUGUCCCUGGAACACUCCUCGUUUCAGAGGCUACUUAUAUCUCUCAGGCUGCUGGCGGGAUGGACUUCAUCCCGGGCAUCUAUACACAAGAACAUGUAGAGGGAUGGAGGAAGGUCACGGAUGCCGUGCAUGGGAAGGGUAGUUUUAUAUUUUGCCAGCUGUGGGCACUUGGGCGAGCUGCAGCCCCGGACGUCCUCGCCAAGGAGAAUGACUCUCCGUUUGUAUCUGCCUCUCCUAUCCCGCUUUCUACCAAUCCUACUGCGGUCCCGCAUGCUCUGACUGAGCCAGAGAUAAAGGCAUACAUAGAUAAUUAUGUUAUCGCCGCCAGGAACGCCAUCGCAGCAGGCUUCGAUGGCGUUGAAAUACAUAGUGCAAACGGAUACCUCAUCGACCAGUUCUUGCAAGAGGUAAGUAAUACCCGAGAGGAUGGAUGGGGUGGGAGUAUCGAGAAGCGAGCAAGAUUUGCGAUUGAGGUCGUGGAUGCGAUUGUAAAGGAGGUUGGUGCUGAGAGGGUCGGCAUUAGGUUGAGUCCAUGGAGCCCGUUUCAAGGCGCGUUCUGUACAUGGGCCUCCCCUGAUCCAAAACCACAAUUCUCCUAUCUCGUAAGCCAACUCCGGAAGUACGACCUCGCCUACCUCCACGUUACCGAACCACGUGUCGGUGGAAACGUCGAUAGUAGUAACGAUUUCCUGCGUGAGAUAUGGUGUAAGGAGGGCAAGAACGGCGUAUUUAUCAGUGCGGGUGGGUACACACGACAGACCGCGAUCGAGACAGCGCAGGAGCACGGAGGCAUGAUAGCAUUUGGCAGGUUGUACAUUCCGAAUCCUGACCUCCCUGCCCGACUUAUAUACGAUCUGCCACUUACCAAGCCGGACCGUGCAACAUUCUACCUCGCCGGAGAUCUUACUGGGAAGAGAUAUACCGAUUUUCCAGCGGCAGACGCACCAGGGGAGAUGAAGAUUAUUCGAGGAUAA